AGAGUUUGUGCUUCAAUAGGUUGUCCUAUUAGGCGACGUUGUUUGUGCUUUAGUAGGUUGUCCCUACAGCCGCACGAUAUUGACAUUGUUUGUGCUUCAAUAGGUUGUCCCUACGCCAAUAGAUACCCUAUUAGGCGCGAUAUUGACGUUGUUUGUGCUGCAUAAAAGAUACUAUGCAGUAACAGAGUUUGUGCCAAGUAUUACAGUAUAACGGAGUUUGUGCUUCAAUAGGUUGCCCUAGUAGGCGCUAUAUUGACGCUAUUUGUGCUUCAGUAGGUUGUCCCAGUAGGUGUGAUAUUGAAUUCAAAAUAAGUUUGGCAUGAAAGGAAUUGGAUUCAAAAUAGAGGGAGAUAUGUAAAUAAAUUUGUGUUUAGGGAGUGGUAUUUUGCAAAAUGAGGAGUAUUAGGGUUUCGAUUAGCUAGCCCGCCCUCUACGCCACGAAUAUUUAGUAUAUAAACACUACCACACGCACAUUCACACGCAUUCAUACUAUAAUCUGAUUUGUGAUCGAUCAAUGGCGGAGGAGAGGAGAUCGAGAGGGACGGUGGUGACGUUCAGUGAUCAGAAGGGGUACGGCUUCAUCAAGCCGGAGGAUGGCGGCGAGCAGCUGUUUGUGCAUCAGACGGCGAUAAAGACCGAAGGAUUUCGGACGCUUCACGAAGGUCAAGAUGUGGAGUUCGUGGUGAUUGAGAAGGGAGGGAGGUAUCAGGCGACUGAUGUGACUGGACCGGACGGUGCGCCGCUCGAGACCGCACGCGGUGGCGGUCGGGGAUAUAGCCGCGGCGGCGGCGGCGGUUACGGAUUCGGCGGUGGCGGUGGAGGAGACGGGUAUAAACGGAGGAACGGCGAUGGAUAUCGUGGUGGUGGUGGAGGAGGAGAGUGUUUUACCUGUGGGAGGACUGGACAUUUGGCUAGGGAUUGCGAUCGGGCCGGUGGUGGAGGCGGCGGCGGCGGCGGUGGCGGUGGACAGUGCUACACCUGCGGCGGUUACGGUCAUAUGGCUAGGGAUUGCCCUAGUGGUGGCCGCGGAAGCGGCGGCGGAGGAGGAAGUUGUUUCAAUUGCGGCCAGCAGGGGCACUUGGCUAGGGACUGUAAUGGCGGCGGCGGCGGCGGCAGUUACGGCAGUUUUGGAGGCGGCGGCGGUGGCGGAUCUAGAAAGUGCUAUGAAUGUGGACAGCCGGGCCACUUUGCCAGGGAAUGCAACCAAAACAGUACCCAUACAUAAUCAUAUGCUCUUGGAUAAUGCUUCCCCCAUUCUUUUGAACAUGAUUUCCCCUCUAUUGUCUUUAGUUUUGCCAUUUAAAACAUUUUGAAGGCCAUCUUAUACAUGGGAUUUUUGUCGUUUUGGAAUCAUUGCUAUGGAGUAUAUGUUUGUUUUUGUAUUGCAAAGGGAAUUCUCUCUCUGGUGAUCUGAAUGCAAAUAUAUACAAAUGGUUGUUGGCAUA